AUGUUAAAUACGUUUUCAGUAUUAACGCCACAUUUAAAAUUCAAGAACAAGUUUGUUUCUAUAAGCAAUUUGGCGUUUAAGUUUCAUUACCGAGCCACUUUCGCAAUAUUAUUGGUAUGCACCCUACUGGUUACAUCAAGGCAGUAUGUUGGAGAGCAUAUCAGAUGUAUUACAGGCGGUUCAAUUCCUGAGCAUGUGAUUAACACGUUUUGUUUUUUCACAACAACAUUUACUGUGAUAAAACAUUUCAAUGAAACAAUGCUGAAGGAUUCCUCAAUUCCCCAUCCAGGGGUUGGACACAUGAUGAAUGAAGACCCUAUAAAAUAUCACGCCUAUUAUCAAUGGGUUCCGUUUGUUUUAUUUUUGCAAGCAUUAAUGUUCUACGCUCCUUAUUACAUCUGGAAGAUAUUGGAAGGAAGCAAAAUCAAGAAUCUUGUGGAUGGUAUGAGAAUGGUGGAGCUGUCACAUUAUUACAACGACAAUAACAGCGUAACAUUCGACACCAAAUAUACACUUCGUUCUAAAUCGGAAAUAGAAAACAAAAUAAUAAAAGUGCAAAACGCCUUUAAACGCCAUCUAAUUAUUAAUAAUCUAUGGGCUGUCAAGCUUGUAUUUUGCGAAGUACUCAAUAUGAUUAAUGUGCUGAUACACGUGAAAUUUACAAAUAUAUUUCUUGGCGGCCGCUUCUACCAACUGGGAUUAGAUUUUAUUAACGAAGACUUCACUGGACAAAUGGAUGUACUAGAUACAAUAUUUCCUAAAGUAACAAAAUGUCAUUUUCACAAAUAUGGGCCUUCGGGAACGAUUCAAAAACAUGAUGCCCUAUGCGUAAUGGCUUUGAAUGUAAUCAAUGAAAAAAUAUUCACAUUCUUGUGGUUUUGGUACUUAAUACUCAUCGUGGUAUCCAUUGGUGCCCUAAUGUGGAGAAUUCAAACUUAUUUGCUGCAUAAAAGAUCAACACGAUUCAACGAACUAUUGUUCUCGUUUGCUUGUUCUGGAAUUCUAAGUCAACGGGAUAUUGAAGUUAUAACAGUAAAUUUUAAAUUUUCUGAUUGGCUUUUCCUCUAUUACCUGGCUAAAAACAUGGAUGCUCAUCUAUUCAAGUCCUUGUUUCGAGGCGUAAUGACCCCAAUCAACAGUGAAGAAAAUACAAUGACAUCAAAACUCAUUGAAGAACCCCAUCAUAGUCAAUAUACUGAAGAAAACUGA